AUGCGUUCUUGUCAGAGGCCGAAUGUGCGGAGGCGCGAAAUCAUCAUGACAUUUGCCUCCUUUUGCCUCCUGUUGCUCAUCUUGAACAGCACCUACACAAUGAUGGACGUUGCGCUGCCGCCGCACGAUGCGGUGGAGAAGGGGCUUUUUCCCAAGAGACCUCCACCGUAUAUAAACUCCAAAACGGAGAAAACAACCGAAAAGGAUGAGGAGGAGGCGUCGUCGUCCAUGAUGGUGCCGCAGGAGGCAAUAUCCGACGAGGCGGUGCGUCUACAUUUUUUUCAAGAAGUGCUUUUGAAGUGUAGCGACAAGUGGGCUGCGGCGGGAGGAAUAAAUUACACACUAGCUAAGAAAGUGCGCCGUCGUCGUGUGGCAGGUCUCUUGGGGGGAAAAGAAUCCCCCAACUUAUCCUCGUGGUGGUCGUAUGACGAUGUCAUUCGCGACACUGUUGAUCCAGGUCCCUGUGCAAAUCCAAGGAAGCAGACGCAAGAGGAAAUUGUUCUGACGCACGCCUGUGACCUCGUUUCCACUCCUCCUUUUAACGACAUAUAUGAUGCAGCGUGUAUUCAUCUGGCGAAGCUACUUCUGACGGCGGCAGUUGCAUCACACCGCAAACAACCGGAGUCGAAUGUGACAGGGCCGCCCGCUGGGUGGCAAAUAUUCAUUCCCCUUCCCCGCGCCGCAAAGCGCUACUUUUCAUGGGACCGCAGCAAAAACAUGAAUUUCAAUACGAAAAAAGGCAAAUCUGUGGAUUUCAGUAAUCUAUAUGUGUGGGUGCAGUUAGACAUUCUUGUGCCAUAUCUCGAUCAGCGCACCAUCAAAUUUAGGUCAAAAUUAUGUUUUUGUCUAGAAGUGAAAUGGCCCCCGAAAUGUCUCGCGAGAAUGGCCUUCAUUGUGAAGGUCCCACAAUGGCAGUUUAACAAAGAUCCCUUUGCGGAGGUAGCUGCAUUUGCGGUGGAUCGCAAACUCGGCAUGCGACGGGUGCCGCCAACAUUUCUUUUUCCGAUUCCACUGGCAAUCUUACAAGUGGCUCUGAAUCAGCGAUCGCAACGUUACAUACACAUGCCCAAUUUCUUUGUUCGUGGAGCGGAAACCAAGACGUACGAAAAGUGGGUGCAGAAUGACGUCUUUCUUUUCCUCCAAACAAAUGCAGAACGCGGAAGCGGAAGUGAAGUGUACACGCGCCGCGGGGGUUUGGAAGCGUGGUGCAGCUUCCAAAUCAAAAUCCCAAACGUUACCCCGCUACUCAGCAGCCCGCUACGAGUGCCAUACGGCAAGGAAAAAAUACCCGGGUGGCACCGAUGGUUCAACCCGCUCUAUAAAGAAGUAGUUGUACCGCAUGCUUCUCUCGCUGCUCUGUCCGAGCAAGUAAUGUUUGACUACAUCCUUGGCAACGGUGACCGUUCACCCAACAAAAACUCUUUUGUUGUUAGUGGAUGUCAACAAUGGGGUUGUUUAGGGGAUAGCGCAAUUUGCAGUAAAGGCAAUAACAACAGGAGUGUGAGUGAUUUUCCAACCAUUGUCCAUUUGGACCACGGCUUGGCGUUCAGGAGGGAAAAUGCUUCGCUGGGGAACAAUCCACUAGCGAAGCCCAGGGGGCGACAGACAUUUUGCAUGUUCUACAAACCGCUACUGUGGCGUUUGUGGAGCAUUGAAAAACAACUAACGAGGCGUCACGCAAACUUUAUUUCAGGUGUUGACUGGAGCCCUUGUGAAGAGAAUGUGGACGUGGUGAACAGGAAAAAUUUGUGGACAAACUUUCUGAUGGCUAACAUUUCAAGUAUCGUUUGCCGUGCGGUCGGCAAGAAGGCAUUUGAGGCAAGUGGUAAGCGCAUCGUUCGCCUCCUGCAAAGUGCCAAUGAGUGUCUUUCCGCGUACCCUCUAGAAGUGGUUUUCUUACCGUGA